ACUAUAGCCACUCCCUCCACACUGAGAGUAGUGACACAAUUCAAACAAUGAUACUUGGAUAGACAGACAUAAAGAUGAAGGAUUCUGUGUCAUAUACAGCGAAUAAAUCUGAGGAUGUGUCUAAUCAUCUUAUCAGUGAGGAUGAUAAUGAACUUAUCACAGAGGAACAUCUUUACCAUGGCUACCCUGAAAAAAGGUACAAAGCUGUGCAUGGGCUCAACACUCGAACUUACAGGCUGACUACAGCGAUCCUUGGGAUUCUGUGUGCUGUAUUGAUAAGCGCCAUCAUUGGCCUGUUCAUCAGCUACAAAGGACUCAGCGAGAAGCACAUUGUUCUGUCUCAAAAUUCAUCGGAGACAAACAGCAACCUAGAGCAACUGAAAGCCAACUAUGACCAGCUGACUGCAGCCCUGGUGAAGGUGCAGAAAAGCUUUCAGGAAGCCGUCAGUGCCAAAGACAGCAUGCAGAUGGAGAGAGAAAGGGAGAGGGCGGGGAAGGAGCUUUUGCAGAGACAGAAGGAGGCCCUGAUGAAGCAGGAAACAAGCCUGCAGACUCGCAUCACUAUGCUUGAACGAAACUGUGAACGUUGUCCAGUGGGAUGGGAGCUGCUCCACUCCACCUGUUAUUUCUUCGCUCCGAUUGAGACUGCCGAAAAGCUGUCAUGGCAUCGGAGUCGAGAGGAAUGCAAAAAAACUGGAGCCGACCUGGCGAUGGUCGACAGCCAAGAAAAGCAGGAGUUUAUCAGCAGAAUCUUAAAGGUGAAGGGACCCAGUUCCAGAUCCUGGCAUCUUUCAGGGUACUGGAUAGGACUGAGCGAUAUCAAAUCAGAGGGGGUGUGGAAAUGGGUGAAUGGAACAGAGCUUACCAAGGGGUUCUGGUUUGAUGGGGAACCCAAUGACCAGUAUUCAGCAGAAGAUUGUGCUGCUACCUACCCAAAAGAAAACCCCUUAAAGACCUGGAAUGAUGCUCCAUGUGACUUCAUAUUGAAAUGGAUAUGUGAGCUAAAGUUACAGGAGUCAUAGACAUCACUGCAGAGUAUGUAAUAAUAAUGGUAACUAUAUCUCUAUCUUUGACAUUACAGCCUAAUCUAAAAAACACAGGUUUUCAGACAAACUAUUGAUGAAUACGAUAUUCAAAUCAUAUAGCAUCUAGGAUGUGUAAAAUGUGAAUGCUACUUGAAUCAUUUAUUUAAAAAUCUGAAACUCACAAACUACAAAUGAAAAAUAUGAAUAUGCAGUUACACACAAGUAAUUCCAAGUGGGACGGCAGUGUAGUAUAAUGGGUAAGGAACUGGUCUUGUAACCAAAAGGUCACAGGUUUGAUUCUUGGGGUUGGACACUGCCGUUGUAGCCUUGAGCAAGGUACUUAACCCGCAUUACUUCAGUAUAUAUCCAGCUGUAUAAAUGGAUGCUAUGUAAAAAGUUGUGUAAGUCUCUCUGGAUAAAUGUGUCUGCUAAAUGCCUGUAAAGUAAUUAACUCUGUUUUAGUGGCCGAAAGUGUAAAUUUUCUAUAAUGGCUAUAACGGAAUGGGUAGAAAAGCAGGGCCACACUUUUGACUUGAGUCUAUAAUGAUGUGAUUACAAACCUAGUGUCGAUGUCAUAACACCACGUCUCACCUCAGUAUGGACAGUCAACUGGGGAUGUCAUAAAAUAUGUAUAUAUCGCAUAUUGAUCGACACGUUAUUAUAUCAAUAAUAAUGUUUUGAGGCAUCGACGUAUUAAAAUUACAGUAAAACA